AGGUGCCACUGCUGCAGCAUCGGAAGCAUGGAGGUUGACGCGGGAAGCGACCUGCAGGUGGGAGGCGCCGCCCUGCCGCCGCUGGCGACUGCGGCGGUGGCCGAGGCGGCCGGCGACCCCAUGCUUCCGAUGAAGCGCGCCGCGCCAGAGCCCGAGAUGGCCGCGCCAGAGCCCGAGGCGCAGGUCGCUGCGGCGUGGGAGGCGGCGGCCCCGGUCACUUUCGCGCCAGAGGCGGCCGCGGGCCCCGUCGUGCCGAUGGCGGCACAAGGCCUCGUCUCGAUGGCCGCUGCGGUCGCCGUCUCGCUCUGGGACGCCAAGAAGGGCAUCUGGGUCGACCAGACCGAUCCCGAUGCCGCGAAUGUGCCCGACACAUGGGACGAGAAGAUGAAGAAGAAUGCCGAGCGGCAGAAGCAGCGGCGGGAGCGGGGCGACUGGAACCCGCAGGACGAGGAGUGCUGCGCCAAGUACACCAAGAACACGCUCAAGUCGAGCCGCAUCAAGGGCGACCCCAAGCUCGCCGGCUUGCUCGAGCAGCACAAGACGCUCGCGCCGAUGCCCUUCCGGGACAUGCUCUGCCAAGCCGGGUACUGCACGACGCGGCGCGAGAUCACCAACUUCCGCUACCGGCAGCAGCAGAGGGAGAAGAAGGGCCUCUCCGGGUUCGCUGAGUAGCGCCGAGCGGGAGCACGGGGGGGGCGAGGGGAGGGGGGGUGGCACUACCUGGUGCUGACCACAAACCGGUCCCACACGUGGUGAUAGUAGCAGGAGGAGAACGGACCCGGCUGCAGGUCCGGCAGAGCUCGAUUAGCUGGGGCAAGCAGGGUCUCCCUUCGAAGCAGGCGAGCACGGAUCAUUGUCCGUCGACAUCAGGGAGGGGCGUCGAGAGUAGGAUACGUUCCGGGAUGCGCACACAGCGCACAGGGACGAGAGUAGAGGGCAUUGCGAGAGUCGGCCGUCUAGCGUUUUCAAGGGCUUGCCUUGCGUGUUUGCGUUCCGCGUCAACACCGCGCGGUGCGAUAUUCUUUGUGUUUCCGAGAUAAUUAGUACAUACAU